AUGGUCGUCCUCGCCCCCGCCUCCUCCUUCCACCACCAGAGGGCCGCUGCUGCUGCCGCCGCGGCGGCCGACGGCGCCGACCAAGGGUUCGCGCUCCUCUCCGCGGGCCAGUGCGGGCUCGCCGACCCUGGCGCUCCCAAGUCCGGCAGCGCCAUCCAGUUCUGGCAAUCGCACUCGCAGCCCCCCGCGACGCCGCCCGCGGUUGCCCCCGCCGACAAGAAGCAGGUGGCCUCCGCGGUGGACUACGGCGGCGUCUCCUCCGGAUCCGGCGGCUCCACCACGUGCAGCGACUGCGGCAACCAGGCGAAGAAGGACUGCCCUCACCAGCGAUGCCGGACGUGCUGCAAGAGCCGCGGCUUCGACUGCACCACGCACGUCAGGAGCACCUGGAUCCCGGCCGCCCGGCGCCGCGAGAAGCACCCGCUCGGCGGCGACCUUUCCCCUCCCGCCGCUCCUGCCACGGCGGCCACCAAGAAACCGCGGUUCCACUCGUCCCAGACCACGACCACGACCACCACCUCUCGCACCUCCACCUCCAACGGCACCUCCUCGAGCCAACAAGACGCGCCGUUCAGGGACAGCCUGCCGCGGCACGUGCGCGCGCCGGCGGUGUUCCGGUGCGUGCGGGUGACCUCCGUCGACGACGGCGCGGACGAGUUCGCGUACCAGGCGGCGGUGAGCAUCAACGGCCACAUGUUCAGGGGGUUCCUCUACGACCAGGGCGCCGACAACGGCCGCACCAGCAACGACGAGCCCAGCCACGCGCACGCGGCCGCAGUGCGUAGCAUCUCCGACCUCCACCUCGGCAACGCCUCCGCGGUGCCGCCGGACAUGUACAACACCGUCAGCGGGGCGCUCAUUCUCGGCGGGAUGGGCUAUGGUAACACCAUGAACUGA